AUGAUCCUUUGUUUUCUGUUUCUCUUUGCUCAGUGGCGUUUCCUGUUUCUUUCUUGUAUACCGAAAGACAUCGGUAGGUGUUCGUGUACAUUCGACUUCUGCUUAUCAUGCGUGGCUUUUGGUCACAAUUGCAGGAGUAUGGGCACCGUAGCUCGACAGAAGAUGCUUACCAACAUUCGAAACACCAUAUUUGGUUUCAAGAAUCUGAUCGGCCGUUGUUUUAAUGAUCCGGUAGUGCAGCGGGAAAUGGAAUGGUUGCCAUACACGAUCAUCGAGCUUCCCGGCAACGUGAUCGGGAUUCAGGUGGAACAUGCAGGCGAAACGCGCGUAUUCACUCCGAUUCAAGUGAUGGCCGCGCUAUUCACCAAGUUAAAAGACAUAACGGAGAUGUAUUUAAAGGCGAAAGUGCACGACUGCGUUAUUUCGGUUCCUUGUUUCUGGACUGAUGCCCAGCGAAGAUCGAUGCUAGACGCAGCGAAGGUUGCAGACUUGAACUGCCUGAAACUGAUCAACGAAACUACUGCUGUAGCGCUCAACUAUGGUCUGUACAAGUCUGAUUUACCGAAGGAGGAUGAAGAUCCUCGUAAAGUUUUGUUCUUCGACAUGGGUCAGACGUCCAGUCAAGCAUACAUCUGCGCAUUCAAUAAAGGUCAACUUAAGAUGCUCGGUGUCGCAUGGGACAUGAACCUUGGCGGUAAAGACUUUGACAGCGUGUUGUGUAACCACUUUGCGGACCAGUUCAAGGCACAACACAAGAUCGACAUUCGAAACAAUCGCAAAUCGGUUAUCAAACUGCAGGAGGCAUGCGAGAAGUUGAAGAAGCAGAUGUCGGCGGAUCCGAACGACAUCCCGAUUUCCGUCGAGAGUUUGGCUCAGGAUUAUGAUUUUUACAGUAAGAUGAAACGACAACAGUUUGAACAGCUGUGUGAACCGCUCUUCGGCAAGGUUCAAACAUUACUGGAAAGACUCAUUAAAGAGACGGUCGGCGGUAGCACCCGUUUGCCGAUGGUCAAAGCGAUUGUUUCGCGGAUGUUCGGCAGAGAACCGAACACUACGCUGAACCAAGACGAGGCUGUGUCAAGAGGUUGCGCUCUUGAGUGUGCAAUAUUGAGCCCGACUUUCCGUGUUCGCGAAUUCACAACAACCGAUGUUCAACCAUACGCAGUCACCCUUACAUGGUCGGGAGACAUGGAAGACGAAAAAAAAUAA